AUGAGGGACCCCACCGCAAACAUGGAACAGAAGCCCCAGAAUGUCGCGGCGACUGCUGGGCCGGCUGAACCUCGCCGUAAUCCAAAGUCCGUUCGAGUCGCGUUUGGUCCCGAUUUGGAGACCACGAUUCCCACUCGCGAACGAUCCCCAGCGCCUGUAUCCAGUCAUCAUCGCUCUUUUACUACAAUUGAACAGAAAAGACCUUCUAUUACACCGCCGGCUCGCCCGACGAGUUCCGCCGGUGAAAAUGCGCCUCUGGUAUCAGACUCUCCUCCGCGACGACGACCAUCGCCUCGGAGAUCGGAAAGUAGCCGCCCGGCAACACUGAAGCGAGCAAAAAGCGAUUACGGUCCGAGUCGUGUCACGUUUGAGAAAUCGGCGGACGAUGAGGAAGAUUUUGCUAUGCGCCACGGAUGGCAAGAAGAAUACACCUCGAGUGAAUAUCUCAAGGUUUUACAUUCGAAUUUCUACAUGUACUUCACCGAGAAACGUCACGAUACGAAUGGUGUUCCUAGAGACCCUGCUGGCAGUUGGCCCAGCCAGGACUGGCGAAUGAAGGAUCGACUCAAGACAGUGUCAGCUGCGCUUGCAAUCUGCCUGAAUAUCGGUGUCGACCCGCCAGAUGUAGUGAAGACGAACCCAACGGCCAAACUGGAGUGCUGGGUAGAUCCGACCUCCACUACGGGUGGUGGCCAAAAUAAGAUCAUGGAGCAGAUUGGCAAGAAGCUACAGGAACAAUACGAGACCCUGAGUCUUCGCACACGAUACAAACAGUAUCUUGACCCCUCGGUAGAUGAAACCAAGAAGUUCUGCAUAUCUCUGCGCCGCAAUGCCAAGGACGAGCGGGUCCUCCUGCAUUACAAUGGCCACGGAGUGCCACUGCCGACCCAGUCGGGCGAGAUUUGGGUUUUCAACAAGAACUAUACCCAGUACAUACCCGUGCCACUGUAUGAUCUCCAAUCUUGGCUGGCUGGUCCCAGCUUGUUUGUGUUUGAUGUAUCUCAUGCUGGAAAUAUUGUUCAAAAUUUUCACACGUUCGUUGAAAAGCACGAGAAGGAGAACAUCGAAACCAAGAAACGGGAUCCCAAUGCCGUUGUCCAGAAUUAUGGAGACUGCAUACUUCUUGCUGCUUGCCAGAAAACCGAGUCGCUUCCAACAAACCCGGACCUGCCAGCAGAUCUUUUCACCUGCUGUCUUACUACACCUAUUGAGAUCGCUUUGAGAUACUUCAUCCUGCAGAACCCACUUCGAACCGACAUUUCAAUCGAUGACUUCAGAGUUCCAGGUCGCCUUCAAGACCGACGAAGCCCCCUUGGCGAGCUGAAUUGGAUCUUUACGGCCAUUACCGACACCAUCGCAUGGAACACACUCCCGCGUGCACUGUUCAAGAAACUCUUCCGUCAAGAUCUGAUGGUUGCUGCACUCUUCCGUAACUUCCUGCUGAGUGAGCGGAUUAUGCGUACUUACAAAUGCCACCCAAUAUCUUCGCCCGAGCUACCAGAAACUCACCAUCAUCCGCUCUGGAAGAGUUGGGAUCUCGCAGUUGAAAUGGUUCUUGCCCAACUGCCUGCCUUGAUAGACCAAGAGGAGGGUCGACGUCAGUAUGAGUAUCAGCACUCUACGUUCUUCGCCGAGCAGCUUACUGCAUUCGAAGUGUAUCUUUCGUCCGGCCCUACUGAGAGGAACCCACCAGAUCAACUUCCGAUCGUGCUUCAAGUUCUUCUUAGUCAGGCACACCGAUUGCGUGCCUUGAUCUUGCUCAGCAAAUUCCUAGAUUUAGGACCCUGGGCUGUACAUCUUGCGCUCAGCAUUGGUAUAUUCCCUUACGUUGUGAAACUGCUUCAGUCUGCUGCACAGGAAUUGAAGCCUGUUAUGGUUUUCAUUUGGGCUCGCAUAAUGGCUGUUGACCACACCGUCCAAAAUGAUCUCCUCAAAGAUAAUGGUAUUCACUAUUUCAUUUCGAUCCUCAACCCUGCUUCCCCAAUCCCCGUUGGAAAUGCUAGUGAGCACCGAGCCAUGUGUGCGUUCAUUGUUUCAAUUUUCUGCAAAAACUAUCCGCAGGGUCAAAAUGUCUGCCUAUCAGGCGAGCUAUUCGACUCUUGCUUGAGACAUUUAGGCGAUGUUGAGAACCCCCUGCUUCGACAGUGGUCUUGCUUGUGCCUCAGCAUGCUUUGGUGUGACUUUCCAGAGGCCAAAUGGAUGGGAAUCCGAUGUGCCGCUCCGGCUAGGCUGUGUGAGCUCAAUUUCGAUCCCGUUCCAGAAGUCCGCGCUGCAAUGUUGCACGCUGUCACAACUUUCAUUGGAAUCCCUGAUUUGACCGACCAAGUGGCUCAAAUUGAAGAGACCCUGGCCCUAGCAGUACUCCCCAUGACCGCGGAUGGCAGUGUCCUUGUCAGAAAAGAACUCAUAGUUUUCUUCUCGGCCUUCGUCAAGCGCCAUCAAAACAAAUUCUUGGUCGCAGCAUACGACGAACUUCAGAAUGAAAAACAAUCUCUUCAGCGUCGGCUGUUGAGCGAGACGUCCCCCACCAGCCAACUCGAUGCAGAAGAUAACAAUCUCCACAUUGAAGGCAAGCCACCACAGAUGUCUCGCAACACUACGUUUGGAACCCUAUGGAAACACGUCUUGAUUCUCUCGGUAGACCCUCAUCCUGACAUUGCUCAAGAUGCCGGCGUGAUUGUUGAUUAUAUUCAUCUCAUUCUAUUGGAGUCGCCAAUGGCAGCUCUCGCUGAUCGUCUCAGAAUCGAAAUUCUAGAUCUAACCUAUCGUCUGUCACAGCGACUGCAAGUUUACGAGCGAUUCGAAGCGAAGAAAUCUGCUCCUCCGUCUGCAUUGCCAGCGUCCCACGCGGCCGCCAAACAGGAGGGCUAUCUCUCCCUAGGACUCAAACGCACUGCAAGCGUUGCCCUUUCUUUGAAGAACUUCGCGCUUGGAAAUUCAUCAGGCGACAUAUCUGAAAGCUCUGCGCCCCCUUCCCCUUCCACAAGCCGUAUGCCUAUCACUCCCCGUGGACGAGCACCCCCCGAAUGGACCCGGCCUCCCGAGGUCAACGACAAUGUCGCUCCCGCAACCGCAUAUCACCAGGCGCCAUUGCCUACAUCACGCGGAUUCCGCCCCCGAAACCCCGAAGAGGCCCCCAUCAUUCCCUUAAGCAGUCGCUUUUUGGACUGGUCAACAGAGUAUUUCCGAGAACCCCAGAUGAAACCCAAUGAGCCCGAUGAGCCUGGCAGCUCGGAUUACAACGAACGACUUUGGAGACGUGGCCGAAAUGAGAAGAUCAUAGCCGAAACCCAACCUCUCAAGGGCAAGGCAGGUACUAGCCGGUGGGAUCAUUCAACUACGCUGCUCUCCAACGGCACUCAACCAUGGAAGAUGUGUUUCCACCAAUUUGAGGACCACAUAGCCGUUGCUGAUGAUCGUGAUACAAUUGCCAUCUGGGACUGGCAAAGUAACCAGCGUCUGAAUCAUUUCUCUAAUGGGAAUCCGGUGGGUUCGAAGAUCAAUGAGGUCCGGUACAUCAAUGAAGACGACCAGGCUCUCUUGUUGACCGGGUCCUCCGACGGCAUGCUGAAGCUUUUCCGAAACUACGAGUCAUCUAAAAAGAUCGAAGUCGUCACGGCAUUCCGUGCGCUACCGGAGCUCCUUCCCAGUAACCGGAACGCGGGUUUGGUGCUGGACUGGCAGCAGGGCCAAGGCAAAGCCUUGGUCGCGGGUGAUGUCAAGGUUAUCAGAGUGUGGAAUGCGGCCACCGAAGUCUGCACUAAUGAUAUCCCUGCUCGAUCAGGCUCCUGCAUCACAUCUUUGACUUCCGAUCAGGUAGCAGGCAACAUCUUUGUCGCGGGGUUCGGCGAUGGAGCCGUCCGCGUCUUUGAUCAGCGCCUCAAGCCCACAACAUCCAUGGUGAAGGUCUGGCGUGAGCAUAAGCAGUGGAUCACCAACGUCCAUAUGCAACGUGGUGGGCUGAGAGAACUCAUUUCCGGUAGCCGGAAUGGAGAGAUACGGCUGUGGGAUCUUCGAAUGAACGAGCCGCUCUCUACGAUCUACGCCACCAAAGACACACUUCGAACUCUGAGUGUACAUGAGCAUGCCCCUGUCUUCAGCAUGGGUACCAACCGUCAUGAAGUCAAGACCUUUAAUGUUGAUGGCACAUAUCUUUCCACCUUCGAACCGUACUCCAGCUUCCUCCACCACAACCGCUCCUCUCCCAUCGCUAGCACUGCAUUCCAUCCUCACAGAACUAUGCUUGCAUGCGCAGCGCUGAAUGAUCAUCACAUCAACAUCGUCUCUUGCUAG